UUUUUUCGGCCAUCUUGGAUCACAAACGUUCGUGCACACGUUCGCAAUUGUACAUGCCAUUGCAUGCGAUCACGUCGAAUCGGAUGUCCACUGUUGUUUUUUAUCUUUAGUUUUUACACAAUCUGGACCGAGUCAACCACUAGUGCCUUUUUCAGCACAACGAAUUUGAGUAUGCCAAUAAGUACCAGACGGGGUUUGGGGGCAAAAUGUACAGCGGCUUUUGAGCACAUUAGGCCUAUGCAAAUACGUUCGUCUCCGUCUUGAACUCGUGUGGUAGUAGUAUAUAGCAAAUGUUGGCAUUCCAUCUAUGGGGCUCUCCGCUUCGUUGUGCCGGCAUAGUUCCAGGAGUAGCAUUGUGAACACGAAAGAUGGCGUCCCAAUCACUGCCGAGUCUGCUCAAGAACCCAGACCACUACCUCAAGGUGUUCAAUACAUACUGUUCUGCCUCUGGGAAAUUCAACGUGUACCAGGCGUGGGUGGACAGUGAACACUUCAGCGAGGCGGUGGUUGGUAAACUCCAGGCCACACUGGACGGACAAGAAGGGCUACGGGUUCUGGGAGUGGGUAGCGGAUCCGGUGAGAUCGAUUGCGCCAUUUUAGAACAGCUCUUACGACAAUUUCCACGCAUCGAUAAUCGUGUAGUUGAUCCUUCUGAUGAGCUGCUAGGCCGAUACAAGGCAUUGGCCGAAUCUAGGGCUCACCAACUACACGGUGUUACUUGUGACUGGCGGCAGCAGACGAUCGAGCAGUACGAAAAGGCGGGAGAUUUGACCAAGUUUCAUUUCAUCGGCGCAAUUCACUCCAUGUACCACGCGGACUCGGAAGAUGCUCUGAACAGCUGGUUGACGUAUUUGUACAGCCGUUUGGAAAACGGUGGAGUUAUGCUGAUAAUUAUGAGAACAGAGGACUGCGGGUGUACACGUUUUUUGAACGGCUGCCAAUUAAGUUUUCGUGACGAUUUCAACGACGUUACAUCGGGCGACGUACGCAGCUCUCUAGACCGCCUGGGCAUCGCGUACACGCAGUACCGCCAACCACAGCGUAUGAACAUCGCCACGUGCUUCGACCGAGCUUCGGAGGUAGGCAACUUGCUGCUGGAUUUCCUUACCUUUACCGUGUGCUUCAGGGAGGCAGCGCCUGAGGAUCUACAGACCCGGGUGAUGGAGCAUCUGGCCAGCAGUGAUUGCUCGGAACGGAAUGGGGACGAGAUCUGGCUCAGUUUGGACUGGGAUGCGGUUGUUAUAAAUAAGCCACUCGGAAUAGCCGCGCAAUGAGCAUUUUGUGCACGAACAACGCCUUUUGACCAAUGUGAGACCCCGGUAGCGCCAGUAUUAGUCUGGUUCCCUGACCUGACAAUUUCCCCUGACGCCCAGACGUCUAAAUAGUAGGUCAGGCAGGCUCCGCGGCUAAAAUUAAGCAUGACGACAUUGACGGCCCUUUUUUCAUAGCUCGGCUUCGUUUCCGAAUUCGCUUUAUCACUUAUAGCUUUUAAUGCGGUUUGCAAUAUUUUUUCAAGAAACUUAGGUUCUCUGACUUCUUUUUCCCUUCAAUUAAAAUAAUCCUCAAGAUACAUUUGGAGAAGAGAAACAGUAGAUGAAAAAUGGACAUGAUUCGAACCAAGGUCUUUCGAUCAGAAACUCAUCCCACUAACCACUAGGCUAUUGUGGCAACCCGACGCCAUCCGUUCUUUAAAUUAUUUUAAUGUAGCUAGUCAACGAAGUGAUAUGCUGUGACGUCAUUGUUGUUUCCUCAUGAAUAAACAUAAUACUCCCCAGGUUACUUAUGAAAAAAAAUACCUUCCUCCGGGUGUGAUACUGGCGCUACCGAGACUAUGAGAGCAACCUUGUCCCAAGGGCCUACUUUAUUGCCAACCCCGCUUCAAAUAGUACGCACGUGUAAUUUGAUUUAGAAGGUGCGCCACAUAAUUAUCAACCUCGUUCCCAAGAUAACGAUCUUGCUGCGCCAUUUUAAUUAAUUCCCACCAUGCCUUGCGAGAUCUUACGCCCUGGAAUCGUGUAAUUUAACAACAAAUUAUUUGGGAAAUUCAAAUUAGGACUGCAGUCGAUGUGUUUAACGCCCGACGAAGUGCUUUCAAUUUUGAAGUUGGUUUUGUUUUAGAAUCAAUUCCUUCAAUCAUGAAUUUUUUCUCAUGUUUUUUUUAUUAGCAAAAGCAAUAUACAGUGGGGGAAAACAGGAAUCACUAAAAAAUAAAGGUAAUAGAAUAAUAGUAUACAAUAAUUAGGGGGAAUACGUAGUAAAAACAACACUAAUUUAAAGAGAGAAGCCAUGAAGAAGAGUCAGAUAAUUGUCCAGCAAAAAAAAAAAAUAUUGAAAUUAGAAUUCAAAUUUAAUGAAGAGGAAUGGUUUAAUUUUUCAUUGCAAUCCUGUAUUCGAUAUCAUGUUGAUUUUAAAAAAAUAAUCUUACCCCAGUAAAGGAGGGACUUUGAGUUUGAAAUUUACACCUAUAAAAAUACAACUUAGUACUAAGAAAAACAAAAAGUCAAAAUUGUAUUAUUGGGAACACCAAAUAAUUAAUGUUUCAAAUCUCCCAAUUUGUAUAGAAUCUUUUAGAUUUUGAUUUUUGAAACAAAGGAGCACAGGAUUGGUGUGACACAUUACACAGUCAUAAAACACACGAAGUGAAGUUUCAGGAUAUUUUCCACAAAAAGAACAGUUUGGGAAAUCUUUUUCUGCCAAUUUUGCAAAGAAAAUGAUUGAAGGCAAUUCAAACAUGAGAUUUCGACGUCGCGUUAUAGAGCAAGGAUUUGUAUUAAAUGUCCGUGUACCUCUGUCGCAUUCCGCACGCUGUCAUAAAGACAACGUACGCUCAUGUUGAUAUCCAUAUUGGUCGGAGGAGCCCGGACUGUGUGGAAAUAAAUAUGAAUAUGAAUAUGAAUAUGAACUCAAUAUGAAUAUGAAUACUGGUACCUAAGCGCCACUAGACCAGCACGAGCCUGGUUCCGGCUCAGAAAAUGGCUGUCGUCGAGUUAGUCUGUAAAAUUAGAGACAAAUCAAUCAUAAGUCAAGUCACAAGCUGUUCUAAUGAACUGUAAGGAAGGAAUUCCUUCGUUAUUGUUCAUCCAAUUUCUUGUGACCAGACUAAUUGACUAGUAUAUGUAAUUGGACUUGAGAUUGUACUUUUUAAUUUGUUUUUCGCUAAAGUAUAUUUAAUAACUUGAUAUACUGAAUAGAUCACUUGGUUGAAUAAAGAAAUUCACAAUAAAACUAAACAGCACGUAUUUUGGGUUGAACAAAGCACACAGCACUGUUUUAUUAGGCAAAAACUGGUUGCUAUAAUUGUAUGACUAUUUCCAAAAGAGAACCGUAUAUUAAGCAACGUAUUAUGGUGUCCAUAAAAUAUCCUUCAUAAAGUAAUUGUGGAUAAGUUAAUGGUCAGAAAAUUACCGCAAUAUUCAGUAUGCAUGUACACUGCAUGUAUUCUUUAAUAGUAAGUUUAGUUAUCUUUAAAUGAAAGGUAAUCAUCAACAUGAAAUUGCUUUCAAAACAAUGUAUAUUAAUUUUGUUUGAAGAUCAGUAAAACCUAACUGCAUGAAAGGGAAUACAACUCAAACCUAUUCUAUGCACAUGCAAAUAAUAUUUUGAAGAUCACAUUUUUUGGUAAUUGUUCCUAUUAACUAAACGUGGUUUGAAAAAACAUCGGAAUAAAAUGUAUACUUUUAGAGAGUUGAAAACGUUUGAAAUAGAUAUGGGUAGUUUUACAUUACAUACGAAUAAAAAAAUCGUCAGGAAAUUUUUUCAACAUGUUGAAUAGGAAAGGUACAUAACAACUUUAUGGUCACUUUAUAAAUGUAGGAAACUACUGAUUUGUUUAUAGUUAAGAAGACACAAAACAAUAUCCCAUGUAGGUACAAGUUUUAAAAACUACAAAAGAAAUCAAACGCGACAGAUGCAUUAAUCAAAAUUUGGCAUUAUUACAAUGAUAAGUGGUGUGCACUUGGAGCUACAUUUUAACUAAUUCUUCCAACUUUGCCAACAUUGUAACUGCAACAUGA